CGCCUAGUAACUUCGAUCUCUGCAGCGGCAUCUUUGGUCUUGGCGGUACCAGAAGCAUGUUCAACUAUAUGCUUUAUCCAGAGAAUUAUCGCGACAUUGGGGCUAGUUUUGUUAGUCACUAUUACAAUGUUCUGCAAGUCGACCGGGCUCAACUCAACUUGUUCUAUCACGAUCAGGCGAGAAUGACGUAUGAAGGUCAGGAGAUUAUAGGCAAGGAGAAAAUUGGUGAAAAAUUCCGAUCACUCCCUGCCAAUACCAUUCGGAUUGCUACUACGAGCGUGGAUGUUCACCCAAGUGAAAAUGCAGUCCUGAUCCUCGUGUGUGGGCAACUAAAAUUCGUUGUUUUAUAUACAUACAUUCUUUCCCUCGAAAGACCACCAAAAUAAUCCUUUGGAAGCGAUGACUUCCCUGAUCAACUGGUUUCAAUAAUUCCUGACUGACUGGUUCCAACAAAGAACUUUGCACCGAUGUGUAGCCGUUCGAGUCACCAAUCUUCACUCAGCACACAAAGUCAGAUAAGAAGAAGGAGAAGAAAGCCAAUAAAACGGAAAAUAGAGGCAGUAAACGGAGAUAUGGGGCUAAAAGAAUAGUAAUAUUGAUGAGCAAUAUAGUGUUAUAGAAUAUAAUAAGUCACAAGAAGUGAAUGUAUCUAUACCAUUGAGGACGAUUUUGAGCCAUACCUCCGAUUGUCUACAGCCAUUAAUAUUUACCCUCCCGAAGACACCAACCAGGAAGUCUACACGUGGCUGGCUUAAACUGACUUGUGGAUUUCAUUGACUAAUGUAGCCGUGUUUUUGUUUGAUCAUCACUGACUUUUCCAGCUCGACCCUAAUGCAGCUAACAUAGCCCGUCAAGGAAGGCGAAGGCUAGACAUGCGUAACACAUGUCCUAACCACCUGAAUCGAUGUACCUUCACAACAUCGUGUAUCGAUUUCCCCUCUUUACCUAUCACUUGACGCCUAACCUCACUAUUGCCCACCCUAUUAUACCAUUUCACACAGGAUACAAAACAAUUAUUCCUGCCACUUCCCCGUAGGCUCACGUUAACAACGUCGUUUUGAAAGCUUUUCAAGGACCAUUUAAUACCAUAUCCAACUAAAUUUUCUUAGAAAGGAUGAAUUCCAUGUAAAUGGAAAUGACCUUUUGACUGGUUUAGACAUGCUACAGGUCGAGUCGCCACUAUCCAUGCAGCACACAGCAAAAGAAAAGAGUAAGAUGAGAUAAUGAACAAAAGCGUGAGGGAAAUAAUAUAGUAAUGUGGAGGAACAAUAGACUUGGAUAUGACAGACCACUAAGAGUAAACACAUCUGUGCCAUCAUUAAUAACGAUGUUUUCGAGCCAUAUCAUGAAUUGUUUCCAGUCGCCAUUGAUUUUUACCAUCAUCCCCAGAAACGCAACUAGCCAGUCAGGCUGGCUACGUGGCUGGUUUAAACUAACUUAUAAUGGGUCUCACAGACUGAUGAAGCUAUUUUUUGGUUUGAGGUUUCGGCAUAGACGUUUCUUGAUUAGUGUUAAACGUGCGACAAUUACAGUGUCGUACGAAGGACUAUCAGCUUGUAAUUCUGAAUACUGUGUUUGUUAAACAUUGUCAUUAGAUACCUAAUAGUCCUACCAUAUCCUAGUAUUUUUGCUAACUGUUGUGUCCAACAGUAUGAAAAUUCUCCGAAGCAUGUUCGAUAUAUGCAUGAUAAGCAUAGAUUUCUUUCAUUCUAGUGUUUUGAGGAAUUAGUUUUAGAUCCCACAAAGCACUAAAAGGUUUCAUCAUAGUUUCUUGCCGUUUUCAUCGUUCAUGUUGGUGGGAAUUCUGUUUCACAUUUCAAAGUUGCUAACAACUCUGCAGCGGAAUACCUGUCACUUUUAGUGAAAUAUACUUCGUGUUUUGAAAGCAUGAAUAAUGUAUCCUCUACAAGUUCUCCAACUUAACACAGCUGAAAAGCUAAUUUUUGGUCGACGUUCCAGUUUUUACUCAAUUCACUAUAUUGAAAAUUCUACAUGCAUUUUUGAUUUUAUUUCCAGAUCAUUAGAUAACCUAAUGGUACAGGUUUCUAAGCUUUUACUUUUUUGUUGAUAUUUUUUAGUGCGAUGAAGACCCAGUUCUACCAUUUUGUGAAAUGUUUUUCCUUCGCAAAUUCAACGACUGUUUUCUUGUCAGUGAUUCAGUGUUUCGUCUAAGCCUUCAUAACUUUUGAUGCAUUUUAUUGUAAUUGAUUACCAACUGUGAAUUCCAGCUUUUCGUCUCUAUUCGUUUUUCGUGUCAAAUGCCUCUUGUGCUACAGGCAUAAACUAAACAUCGCCAGUUCUGUACUUCAAGAUACUAUUUAUUGGAAGAAACGUAGUGCUUACCGAGUUUGUACUUGUCAUAUUUACUUUGAAAAAGUGCCUGUACACUGAUUAUCUCAAGUCUUCAAUACAUAUUAAUUGGAAAUCCCUACAUAUAUAGAUUUAUAAGUGUUUCAUGGAAAAACAAGUUCAUGAAACAACUGUUCAUUUGUGUUCCCGUUAUUCGUGUUUGUUUUAAGAAUUACUACUCAAAAUUUAUAUGUAGUGGGUAGGUUGUGACUUGAUACACUUAAUCCUGUAGCUAUAAAUGAAUACGUCAUACAGUAUUUCAGAGUUCAGAAAGCAGUAGGAACAAAUAAUGAUUUAGUGCCGUCUAGUCAAAAUGUCAACUUUGACAUAAGUUUACUUGCGCUUAAAUUCUCCAGAUUGUAAUCACCAAUUCCCUAUGAGGCUAACUAAUUGCCGAAAAGCCUUAUAGAUGACCCCAUUAGUUGUUUGGUAGUUAUUCACUAUUUAGUAUUUUUGUGAUGAUCAAAGAAAGUCAUUCACGGACUAUUACCGUAAUUUAUACUGUUUAUUGCUUAUUCCUCUAAGACAUAGAUGUUAAUAGACUUUAGUAACAUAUCCAUAAAUUGCAUCUUCCAAUAACAAUUAGAGGCUUUCGUUUUGUUUCUGACUGUAUGGAGAAACGACUUGAAAUAAUUCUUGCAGUAACAUCAAAAUAUUGGUAUUGCUUCCACUCUUUGUUCCGCAUGAACGUAAACA